AUGCACUACGACUGCGUUCAUGUCGAGCAAGGCAAGAUGCAAUCCACCAGCAAUAACAUCUGGAACCAAGCAAGGUCCGAGCCAGUCCCAGGUGUUUUCAACAUUGGGGGACACCUCGAUCAGCCACCUCUGCCGAACACUGAUCCCGCCGUCGGCAUGAGAUUGCACCAUAUUAUGAUGCGAAUUCGAGAUCCCGAAAGAAGCCUUCACUUUUACAGAGACCUCUUGGGAAUGCGACUCGUAUGGACGUUGAAUACCGGGCCAUUCACCAUUUACUACUUGGGGUUCCCCUCCACCGAUGACGACAGAGCUGAUCUAAAAUAUUGGGCAGAGCACACUGCCGACUUUGCCGCUUUCACCCGCACUACCGGCUUCUUGGAACUGAAGCACAUGCACGGAGCUGAAAAGCCGUUGGAAGAAGGCGGGAUUCAAUUCUCGAACGGCAACGCCCCUCCCCACCUGGGCUUUGGACACUUGGGGUUCACCGUGCCCGAUGUACCGAGCAUUCUAGCCAGACUGAAAGCUGCCGGGGCCCCUGUUGUCAAGGAUUUGGGCUUCAAUGGUCGCGCUAGUAUCCCGUUGACAGAGUGGGAAAAGGAACGUGGCGUCGGUGCUGAAGACACGGUGGAGAGCUACAAAGAGACCAUCAAGCAAGUUGCAAUGGUUGAAGAUCCCUGA